UAAUACCACUACAUCUUCAAAUGAUAACAAUAUCCCUAAUACACCUUCAAGUAGAAACAAUUCUGCUACAACUUCAAGUGAUCAACUCCCAAAAGAAGUUACUAGACUAUAUUUUAUUUUAAGCGCUCGGAACUGUCCAAACAUUGGUCAUUUCAUCAGUCCGAGCAUCCAAAUAUAUGAUGAAACCUCACCGCAAGUUCAAUUGUGCAAUUAUUCACUUCAAACUACCGCAAACUCUCAAGCAGUAAUAAUGUGUUUAGUUGCAAGAUCAUUUGAAGGCUCAUGGGAGAUUAUACCUGUUGGCCGUUUAUCUAGCGGAAAUGCUGGAAAUUAUAAUCCCAUUAAAACAACAAUUCUAGAUUUAGAAAACAAUAUUAA